GCGUGAGAGGAGAACGGGGGGAAACCAAAAAGUAUGGUUAAGAGCAUUGCACGAGCAAGAGGCAUGAGGUAAAGUUCUGUUUCAGCAUGUAGUCACGGCUAACUUGAGGUAACAGCAACAAAAGCGCUCGCAUCAAUUGUUGUAAUCUAUGACACCACGUGGCCUUGUGUGGGGGGAAAAUGACCGUAAUCCUGCGAUUGCAAGGCCUCGAUGUGAAGGCACGUACUGGAGAUAUACGGACAUUCUUUGAAGGCCUUCACAUUCCUGACGGUGGAGUGUACAUAGUGGGGGGACGACUCAGAGAGGCUUUUAUUGCAUUCACCUCUGAGAGAAAUGCCCAGCUUGCCAUGCGGUACAGUGGGAAAUUCCUCAAAGGGUCUAAGGUGACUCUACACAUAAGCAGCAUGGCAGAGAUGGAGCACAAACUAAAGUCAUCGUUAAAGAGGAAGAAACCCUCCCCCACGCAGCCUACUGUGAAGAGACGUCCAUCAACUACUGAUCUAAAUGUGCAAACUUUUAAUGCACAGCCUCUUAAUCCCAAUACUGCAAAUCUGCCUCUUAAUCCUGAUAUUGCAAAUCUACCACUCUUAAAUGCACACUCACUUGAUUCCAAUACUGCCUUUCUUCUUGGGGUUUGUACUGUCCUUCAAGGUCUACAUUCAUCCCUGCAAAGUGAAAACAAUGUUGCAGUGCCUAGCGUUGAUUUUCCCAAGGCUGAUGGCACGGUCGUGUGUGAGGAAAUGAGGACACAAAAGCAAACUCUGGACUCAGGGCCAGGCUACGUCAGGGUCUUUGGUCUGCCAGCCUCCGCUACGGACGAGGUCAUCAACCAUUUUUUCAAAGGGCUGAUGGUAGAGGAGGCCAUGGUGAAUGUUGAGUUGGGACUUAACCGCGGCUGCCUUGUGAAGUUUGCAAACAUGCAGGACGCCCGUGCGGCUCUUCUCUUCAACCAACGGUCCCUGGGCCCCGUCUGUGUGGACGUACGUGGAGCGACUGAGAAGAUGUGGGCCAGUGCGCUGCAAGAAUGUGAAACUACUUUUGAAGUCGGGGAGAGAGGGACACCGAAGCAACGCCCUGUUGGGGGAACUGUAAACCACAAACAAAAAAAGACUUCGACACUGACGCUCAAAAGGACAUCUGUCAACCAGUUGCAAUCUAAAUCACAGAAAGAGCCAAGAAGUACAACUCCAACUAUGGAGUACAUCAUCAUGGUCACUAAUAUACCCAAAACCAUGACCAAGACUGAAAUAAAAGAAUUGUUUGGAUGUCAAAACAUUGCACACAAAAAUGUACAGCAUCUGCUUGACGAGGAAGGCAUCAGAACAGACACCGCGUUUCUUAUAUUUAACCGCACAGAGGAUUAUGAGUAUGCAAUGAAUCUCACCGGCUGCCAUGUGGGCUCUGAAGCCAUUGAGGUCUCAUCAAUCACAAAACAAAUGAUGUGGGACAUGAUGGCCAAAACUCAUCACAGAGGACUUGAGCAUUGUCCUAACACCGGCACAAAGAACAAACCAAAUCGAAGGAGAAAUUCAAAUCCAUUUGAGACACCAGAAGAAGAACCAAGCAUGAAGCUGGACCCAACAGCUAAGACGCGCCUGUUUCUCAGAAACAUGCCCGAAGAUGUAAAGGUUCACCACAUACAAAGACUCUUCAGUAAAUACAAAGUGAGGAAGGAUGAUAUCAUGUUACUACAUGACAGUGAUGGCAAAGGUACUGGCCAGGCUGUGGUUCAGUUUAAAUCUCAGAACCUCGCUGCAUUGGCUCAAAGGCUCCAUGGUCAGACCUUCCUGGGGACAAAAGUGCUUCUCACUCUCAUAAGUUGGAAGCAGUUGGCGGACAUCCUGGCAUGAAAUGUAUCAGGAAGUUGAACAUUAAUGCUAAAAUGUGGCCAAAGAUGAAUUCUGAUUAUUUUCCCCAUCAAGUUUAUCUUCCAACUGUAAUUCUGCUUGAUGUAUCAAAUCAGUUUGAGUAGUUUUCCUCCCAAGUGUAUUUUUAUUUUUAUUUUAUUUUAUAAAUCAUGCUCAACCUCUUGAGAAUUUCAUGCAUUAAAAAAAUAAAUGUUGU